UCCAGCAGCAUCGUCACCUUCACUAGAAGACGAGCGAGCGGCGGACGACGUGUGAGCUUUCAUCUUUCACUCAGCAGCUCUGCGCCAUUUUCUUGCCUCUACAGAACUAGCAUUCAUAUUAAUAUUUAUAUUUAUAUUGAUGUUGAUGAUGUGAGGCGACCUCGCUGUUGUUGAUCCUACAUCGUCAGCUGCGACACAAGAAGAAGAAGAAGAAGAGUCUUCAAUCCUCCUGCCAGAACAAUCUCCAUCUUCUUCAUCCUCCUCCUCUUCUUCAUCCUCUUCCUCUUCCUCCCAGCAGCUGCGCCAUGGCGGACAUAACGGCCGAGUGCAACAUCAAAGUGCUGUGCCGCUUCCGGCCUCUCAACCAGGCCGAGAUCAUCCGAGGAGAUGUCUUCCUGCCCAAGUUCCACGCAGACGACACGGUGGCCCUCGGGGGAAGGUCGUACGUCUUCGACCGAGUUUUUCCCACCAACACCACCCAGGAACAGGUGUACAACACCUGUGCCAAGCAGAUCGUCAAAGAUGUGUUGUGUGGAUACAACGGCACCAUCUUUGCUUAUGGACAAACAUCAUCAGGCAAGACUCACACCAUGGAGGGCAAGCUGCAUGACCCUCACCAGAUGGGAAUUAUUCCUCGCAUCGCUGAAGACAUUUUUAAUCACAUCUUCGCUAUGGACGAAAACUUGGAGUUUCAUAUCAAGGUUUCCUACUUUGAGAUCUACAUGGACAAAAUCCGAGACUUGCUGGACGUGACAAAGACCAACUUGUCGGUUCAUGAGGACAAGAACCGUGUGCCCUACGUCAAGGGUUGCACUGAGAGGUUUGUGUCCAGCCCUGAUGAAGUCAUGGACCUGAUUGAUGAAGGAAAGUCCAACCGCCAUGUUGCUGUCACCAAUAUGAACGAGCACAGUUCUCGCAGUCACAGCAUCUUCCUCAUCAACAUCAAGCAGGAACAUGUGGAGACUGAGCAGAAGAUUUGUGGGAAACUUUACCUGGUAGACCUGGCUGGUAGUGAGAAGGUGAGUAAGACGGGGGCAGCAGGAGCCGUCCUGGACGAGGCCAAGAACAUCAACAAGUCUCUUUCAGCGUUAGGAAACGUCAUCUCAGCCCUGGCUGAGGGCACCAAAAGCCACGUGCCGUAUCGUGACAGCAAGAUGACUCGCAUCCUGCAGGACUCGCUGGGCGGGAACUGUCGCACCACCAUGUUCAUCUGCUGCUCGCCCUCCAGCUACAAUGAUGCAGAGACCAAGUCCACGCUCAUGUUUGGUCAACGGGCCAAGACCAUCCGGAACACGGCCUCCAUCAACCUGGAGCUGACGGCCGAGCAGUGGAAGAGGAAGUACGAGAAGGAGAAGGAGAAGAACAAGACCAUGAAGGAAAGCAUCCAGAAGCUGGAGGCCGAGCUCAACCGCUGGAGGAACGGCGAGAACGUGCCGGAGACAGAGCGCACGCAGCCGGAGAACGUCACUCGCUACGAGACCACGGAGGAGACGCAGCGACCCGUCCUGGACAACGACACCUCCUCCAUCGUGGUCCGCAUCUCUGAGGAGGAGCGCCACAAGUACGAGGAGGAGAUACGCAAACUGUACAAGCAGCUGGACGACAAGGAUGAUGAAAUAAAUCUGCAGUGUCAGCUGGUGGAGAAACUCAAGCAGCAGAUGUUGGACCAGGAUGAGCUGCUGGCAUCCUCGCGGGGUGACGGAGACAAGGUGCAGGCGGAGCUGGGUCGUCUGCAGGUGGAGAGUGAGUGUGCCAAAGCAGAGGUGAAGGAGGUCCUGCAGGCCCUGGAGGAGUUGGCCAUCAACUACGACCAGAAGAGUCAGGAGGUGGAGGACAAAGGUCUGCAGAACCAACUGCUGGCUGACCAGCUGGCACACAAAAUGGCCAGUCUGCUGGAGCUGGAGGCGGAGCUAUCUCGCAUGCAGGAAGUGAGUGGUCAGCAGAGGAAACGCAUCGCAGACGUCCUCAAUGGUCUGAUGAGAGACCUCAGUGAGUUCAGUUCCAUCGUCGGCAACGGAGAACUCAAACUGCCGGUGGAGAUCAGCGGGGCCAUCGAGGAGGAGUUCACGGUGGCCCGCCUGUACAUCAGCAAGAUCAAGUCGGAGGUGAAGAGCAUGGUGAAGAGGUGUCGGCAGCUGGAGAACAUGCAGCUGGAGUGUCACCGCAAGAUGGAGGAGACAGGACGGGAGUUGUCCUCCUGCCACCUGCUCAUCUCUCAGCACGAAGCCAAGAUCCGCUCCCUGAGUGAGUACAUGCAGACCGUGGAACACAAGAAGAGGAUGCUGGAGGAGAGUCACGACUCUCUCAGUGAGGAACUGGCCAAGCUGCAGGACCAAGAUAAUUCUCUGGUGGACGAGAAAGAAGCGGAGAAGGGAGAGACAGAGGACGGAAACGUGAAGAAGAUCCGAGGGGAGUCUCAUCGCGGCCUUCAUCACAAGCAGCUCGCUCGUCUGCGCGAUGAAAUUAACGAGAAGCAGAGGCUGAUCGACGAACUCACCGAUCGUAACUCCAAGAUGGAGUUGGAGUUGGCGCAGGUUCGCUCCGACUUUGAACGUCUGAAAAGUCAAGACAGCACCAAGAGCGAGCGCCUGGAGGAACUCUCGUUCCUGCACGAGCGCCAUGAGCAGACCAAACAGGACCUGAAGGGUCUGGAGGAGACAGUGGCCCGCGAGCUCCAGACCCUCCACAACCUGCGCAAGCUGUUUGUUCAAGACCUCACGUCGCGGGUUAAAAAAAGUUCCGAAAUGGAACCUGAUGAUAGCGGGGGGUCUUGUACCCAGAAGCAGAAGAUCUCCUUUCUGGAGAACAACUUGGACCAACUUACAAAGGUUCACAAACAGCUGGUUCGUGACAAUGCAGACCUGCGCUGUGAGCUUCCGAAGUUGGAGAAACGUCUUCGGUCUACUGCUGAGAGAGUUAAGGCCCUGGAGACUGCACUGAGGGACGCCAAGGAGGGUGCCAUGAUGGACCGCCGCCGCUACCAGCAGGAAGUGGACCGCAUCAAGGACGCCAUGAGGGCCAAGAACGCGCUCAGGCGCCCUCACGCCGCACAGAUCGCCAAGCCCGUGAGGCCCAAGCAACUUCCUGUGUGCUCUCCCAGCAACCCCUUCUACUCCUACAUCCGAGCCACUGAGCACGCCAACACCUUCAGCAACGCCGUCUUCCAGAGCAACAUGACGCCACCGCUUAGCGCCGCCAGCGUCAACUGCAACCCCAACUCUGUCCAGACCAACACAGUUUCUACAGCGCUGGGCUACAGAGCUGCCAGAUACAAUGGAGACAUCCUGGAGUCUUUCCCACUAAACAUUGACAAUGGAAACAGCGUCAGUGACACACGAGACAUCAAUGACAACAGGAGUGAUGUGCACUGUGGCGGCGAGGUGGACGACUCCAAGAGACCCUCCAUGGUCCAGCAGGAGACAGCUGCCAGUUAAUACCAAGGUGAUGACCAAAACACUGUACAUGUGCAAGGACCGCCCCCUUCCAGGCUCCUCCCACCCGCAUGCACGCAGCACCCCCCCGCCCCUCAGUGAUGAUCUUUAGCUUUGUAGUCUUCUAGUCUCCUAGUCUCCUAGUCUCCUCCACCUCUCACUCAGAGAUGAUGUCCUUCUUGUAAAUACACACACACACACACACACACACACACACACACACACACACACACACACACACACACACACUAGCAUGCAUGUGACUUAGCAGGUUAGCUUCAUGCCAGCACCCAUGCAGAGUGACAAAAGCUGGAUGGACGGUUGUUGAUGUGAGGUGUGUGUUUGCAGGUGAACACACACCUUCCAUCAAGAGGCAACACAAAACAAAGAUGGCUGCCCUUCGUCCAAACAUGUCAUGAUCUAGGACUUGCACCCACAACCACAAAAUCUAGCCAACAUCCAAACAUGUCAUGAUCUCGGACUUGCACCCACAACCACAACCUUCAUGCACAAUUUUUUCAGGCGUUGAUGUCUUCAUUCCUUGACUUGAAGCAUGAUUUGGAGUGCAUGAGAAAGCGUGGAUGUUGUCACCGUGCUGAGUCAGCACUAAUUGGAAACAACAAGCUUUUCAGGCGUGUUCGGAGGCGGAGCUUCAAAUGUUUCUACUGCCUGGCUCAAGGGGUUGCUUAGCCUAGCAUGACGACAUGAGUGGUUGUCAAACCUCAGCAACCAGCGUCGUGAAAACAUGCAAACACGAUAGCACAGUAGGGCCGAGUAGUCAUUAAAACCAAGGUGAUGUUCAACAACUGUGACAUCACAGAGUUUGAACAGUAACACUGUGUGGGAUGUUUGUGAAAGGACUACUUUAGCCUAGCAUGGUGGCUAACAGUAAACCUUAAUAGAAGUCUUGGGUUCAGGGAAGUCCAACCUCCCACAUCCUGACCGGCCAAUCAGGAGCCAGGAACGCAGCACAUGUGACCUUGGACUUCCCUGCGCGUCUGACUUGAGGAAGUCCACACCACGGUUUGAUCCCCAACGCGUGAACGUACAGCAGGUCUGGAUUGGUUCUGGUGAGGAUCCUGCGGGGUGUUGGGUGUUACAUGCAGGACCAACUGCAGUGUGCCCAAACAACCAGCAGGAGCAGAUAAUACUGGACUUGUCAGGUGCAUUCUUCAGGGAACCCAGACCUACUUUACCACGUUUUCUUCCAAAGUGUCAAAGAUCCACGCGGCUAAAAUGUUUAGCUAGCUGUGGACGCCGUGCAGGGACUAAAAUAAGCACCUGACCUCCAACAGGCCUAGUUUCCCUUCAAGGUACACAGGAGCAGACGUGGCAUCUGUAAAGCAGAAAACAAUAUUCCAGCACGUCUUUCAAAAUAAUUACACAUUGGAAACUAAAUUCUGUUGUAUUUUUAUGUUUUAUUGUGGAUUUUUUUAUCGUCCUUCAUCUGCAUUCAUUGAUAUUUAUUUAUUUGUAAUAUAUAUAUUUAUUUGAAAUGUAUAUAUUUAUUUGUAAUGUAAUUAUUUGUAAUGUGUUUAUUUAUUUGUAAUGUAUUUAUUUGUAUUGUGUUUAUUUAUAUGUAAUGUGUUUAUUUAUUUGUAAUGUGUUUAUUUAUUUAUUUGUAAUGUAUUUAUUUAUUUGUAAUGUAUUUAUUUAUUUGAAUUGUAUAAUGAUGACGAUGUAAUUAGUCUAUUGUUUGAUUAAUUAAUUAUUCCGAUGUACUUCAUACAGUAUAUUAAUGUACACAUUUCAUCUAUGUCUGCUUCAAAUUCAUGUGCUGAAUAAUACCUGUACUACUUCAUCCUGCACACGACUUCCUGUACUACUUCAUCCUGCACACGACUUCCUGUACUACUUCAUCCUGCACACGGCUUCCUGUACUACUUCAUCCUGCACACGACUUCCUGUACUACUUCAUCCUGUACACGACUUCCUGUACUACUUUAUCCUGUACAUGACUUCCUGUACUACUUCAUCCUGUACAUGACUUCCUGUACUACUUCAUCCUGUACAUGACUUCCUGUACUACUUUAUCCUGCACAUGACUUCCUGUACUACUUUAUCUUGUACAUGACUUCCUGUACUACUUUAUCUUGUACAUGACUUCCUGUACUACUUCAUCCUGUACACGACUUCCUGUACUACUUCAUCAUGUACAUGACUUCCUGUACUACUUCAUCAUGUACAUGACUUCCUGUACUACUUCAUCCUGUACACGACUUCCUGUACUACUUUAUCCUGCACACGACUUCCUGUACUACUUCAUCCUGUACACGACUUCCUGUACUACUUCAUCCUGUACACGACUUCCUGUACUACUUUAUCCUGUACUACUUUAUCCUGUACAUGACUUCCUGUACUACUUCAUCCUGUACACGACUUCCUGUACUACUUCAUCCUGUACACGACUUCCUGUACUACUUUAUCCUGUACUACUUUAUCCUGUACAUGACUUCCUGUACUACUUCAUCCUGCACACGACUUCCUGUACUACUUCAUCCUGCACACGACUUCCUGUACUACUUCAUCCUGUACACGACUUCCUGUACUACUUUAUCCUGUACAUGACUUCCUGUACUACUUCAUCCUGUACAUGACUUCCUGUACUACUUCAUCCUGUACAUGACUUCCUGUACUACUUUAUCCUGCACAUGACUUCCUGUACUACUUUAUCUUGUACAUGACUUCCUGUACUACUUUAUCUUGUACAUGACUUCCUGUACUACUUCAUCCUGUACACGACUUCCUGUACUACUUCAUCAUGUACAUGACUUCCUGUACUACUUCAUCAUGUACAUGACUUCCUGUACUACUUCAUCCUGUACACGACUUCCUGUACUACUUUAUCCUGCACACGACUCCUGUACUACUUCAUCCUGUACACGACUUCCUGUACUACUUCAUCCUGUACACGACUUCCUGUACUACUUUAUCCUGUACUACUUUAUCCUGUACAUGACUUCCUGUACUACUUCAUCCUGCACACGACUUCCUGUACUACUUCAUCCUGCACACGACUUCCUGUACUACUUCAUCCUGUACACGACUUCCUGUACUACUUUAUCCUGUACAUGACUCCCUGUACUACUUCAUCCUGUACAUGACUUCCUGUACUACUUCAUCCUGUACAUGACUUCCUGUACUACUUUAUCCUGCACAUGACUUCCUGUACUACUUUAUCUUGUACAUGACUUCCUGUACUACUUUAUCUUGUACAUGACUUCCUGUACUACUUCAUCCUGUACACGACUUCCUGUACUACUUCAUCAUGUACAUGACUUCCUGUACUACUUCAUCAUGUACAUGACUUCCUGUACUACUUCAUCCUGUACACGACUUCCUGUACUACUUUAUCCUGUACACGACUUCCUGUACUACUUUAUCCUGUACUACUUUAUCCUGUACAUGACUUCCUGUACUACUUCAUCCUGUACAUGACUUCCUGUACUACUUCAUCCUGUACACGACUUCCUGUACUACUUCAUCCUGUACACGACUUCCUGUACUACUUCAUCAUGUACAUGACUUCCUGUACUACUUCAUCCUGUACAUCACUUCCUGUGCUACUUUAUCCUGUACAUGACUUCCUGUACUACUUCAUCCUGUACAUGACUUCCUGUACUACUUUAUCCUGCACACGACUUCCUGUACUACUUCAUCCUGUACACGACUUCCUGUACUACUUUAUCCUGUACUACUUUAUCCUGUACAUGACUUCCUGUACUACUUCAUCCUGUACAUGACUUCCUGUACUACUUCAUCCUGUACACGACUUCCUGUACUACUUCAUCCUGUACACGACUUCCUGUACUACUUCAUCAUGUACAUGACUUCCUGUACUACUUCAUCCUGUACAUCACUUCCUGUGCUACUUUAUCCUGUACAUGACUUCCUGUACUACUUCAUCCUGUACAUGACUUCCUGUACUACUUUAUCCUGCACACGACUUCCUGUACUACUUCAUCCUGUACACAACUUCCUGUACUACUUCAUCCUGUACAUGACUUCCUGUACUAUAAUACGCAAGACGCACUGAUUCAUUGGAUUUGACAUGUACUCCACAUGUACUCUACAUCCUGUGAUACUCUGUAUGUAAAUACAUGUACUGUACAUGUACUGUACAUCCUAUAAAACGCUGUAAGUAAAUACAUGUACUGUACAUGUACUGUACAUGCUAUAAAACACUGUAUGUAAAUACACGUACUGUACAUGUACUGUACAUGCUAUAAUACUCUGUAUGUAAGUACAUGUACUGUACAUCCUAUAAUACUCUGUACAUACAUGUACUGUACACGCUAUGAUACUCUGUAUGUAAGUACAUGUACUGUACAUGCUAUAAUACUCUGUAAGUAAAUACAUGUACUGUACAUGCUAUAAUACUCUAUGUAUGUACAUGUACUGUACAUCCUAUAAUACUCUGUAUGUAAAUACAUGUAUGGUACAUCCUACAAUACUCUGUAUGUAAGUACAUGUACUGUACAUGUUAUAAUACUCUAUGUAAAUACAUGUACUGCAUUGUGUGUUGGAGCUCAAUAAAGUUAGACAAAACA